GUUGUGACGAAUAUUUAUUACACAAAUUCAAUAAAAUGAGCGAUACCACUAAGAAUUUGCAAGUCAAUCCGUAUUUCUUAUUUCUCGCCCAGUUUCGUGAAAAUCUCAAAGCACGGGGCGUGACGAACAUUAAAGCCACAACAGUGGCUCGAAUGGCUGGUAAAAAGUGGCGACAAAUGAGCGACGCUCAGAAAGCCAUAUACAGUGGAAUAGCGCAAAUCAAUCGUGAAGCACGUUUGCGCGGCUACAGCGUUUGAACAAAACUUACAGCAAAUAAAUGUUACACAGAGACAAUUCAAAAUUAUAUUGUUGGCGCGUAGAUUUCGGCACUGUUAUCGUUUUUUUUAGUAAUCGAUGACAAUUAAGCACGUUAAUCAACACUGGCCAAAGGCGACAACACAUUUUCCAUAUAGUAAUCCAUUGGCAAGAAAUUAAAAUGAGUUCCGGAUUUGUUACUGAAUCCGAGGCAGCAGAAGCACGCCAACGCCGCCAGGAGGAGUGGGAACGCGUACGGCAGCCCGAGGAUCCCAUGGAGAGACCCGAGGAACCAUACGACGGACGUUCGCUAUACGACCGCUUAAAAGAGCAGAAAACAAAAAAGGAUAUGGAAUUUGAAGAAGCACACAAGCUGAAGAACCUAAUACGUGGCCUAGACGAUGAUGAGGUGCAGUUCCUCGAGCUUGUUGAUGCUCACAAAAUGAACACCGAGCGUCAACAGAUGCGUGACGAGAAGCUGGAGCUGGAGGAUUUUCGCAAUCGAGUUGAAAAACUGCAAGAGGAGAGCGUAGAUAAGAAACUACAAGCGGAGCUAAAGACAACAGCCAAAUCUGUGGGUGCAUCGGCCACGGCGCGCAAUACACAAAAGUCACUGCUGGGACAGGGCAUUAAGCGCAAAAAUGGCGAGUUGCCCACAACCAGCAAGGUGUCCAAAACGGAGCAGGAAACGCCCGCAGAGAAAUCAGCAGCACAGGCAACAAUUAGUAUCAACACAACCAAACACGAUGUUGGCGCUCUCAAGUGUAUCGCCAUACUCCCAGGCAUUGGUUCCUACACCGAGUCGAGCGAUUCUGAGGCGAGCACCGAUACCGAUGAUCACGAUCACGAUAAGAACAGUCUGGUGGAUUUGUGUGGUCGCAAGAUACUCAAAAAGAAACAGUGCGCCGAGUAAAUUGGUUUCUUUUGUAUUUUGGGGGCAACAGUUUUAUUUGAUUCUUAAUUAUAAUGUUUAACGUUUGCUGCAGCGAAUUAUACAACGUAGAGUUUAA